UUUGUACCGAUAGUAGUAAGCUGUGUAAGUGACGCAUGUAAACGUGUAUAAGUAGUUCUGUGCAUAUAGUAAUAAUUAGUCUAUUUACUUUAGCUUUUAAGCAGGAUUUAUAAAGUAGCCUAAUGUAUAUACCGUAAAAAAUAAAAAAGUUACUUCUUUUUUACCGAGGAACCAAACCGUCUCCGAGUCCAAAAAAAAAAAUGCUUUGAGCUGAAGCGCAACAUCCGCCCGUUGCCAUCAUGAAGACAGGCUGCGGGGUCGACGUCUGACAACACGCUCUCUAUCGUACGCCGGGCCCUGAUUGGAUGGAAUAACCACCUAUGACGUCAGGUGACCUCGAUUGAUCGCAGGAGGCGGAGCCUAGUGUCAACUCCGUGGAGUACACAGAGAGGUGACCACAACCCCCUGAUCCUGACCCUCCUCUACUUCAGGACUACAACAUCUCCCUAAAGAACUACAAUCCCCACAGAGAGUAUCACAGAGAAGGUGACCACAACACCCUGAUCCUAACGCUCCUCUACUUCAGGACUACAACAUCUCCCUAAAGAACUACAACCCCCACAGAGAGUAUCACAGAGAAGGUGACCACAACCCCCUGAUCCUAACCCUCCUCUGCUUCAGGACUACAACAUCUCCCUAAAGAACUACAAUCCCCACAGAGAGUAUCACAGAGAAGGUGACCACAACCCCCUGAUCCUAACCCUCCUCUGCUUCAGGACUACAACAUCUCCCUAAAGAACUACAAUCCCCACAGAGAGUAUCACAGAGAAGGUGACCACAACCCCCUGAUCCUAACCCUCCUCUACUUCAGGACUACAACAUCUCCCUAAAGAACUUACAACCCCCACAGAUAGUAUCACAGAGAAGGUGACCACAACCCCCUGAUCCUAACGCUCCUCUGCUUCAGGACUACAACAUCUCCCUAAAGAACUACAAUCCCCACAGAGAGUAUCACAGAGAAGGUGACCACAACCCCCUGAUCCUAACCCUCCUCUACUUCAGGACUACAACGUCUCCCUAAAGAACUACAACCCCCUGAGCUCCACAGGACUACAACUUAACAUCUCCCUAAAGAACUACAACCCCCACAGAGAGUAUGACAGAGAAAGUGACCACAACCCCCUGAUCCUAACCCUCCUCUGCUUCAGGACUACAACAUCUCCCUAAAGAACUACAACCCCCUGAGCUCCACAGGACUACAACGUCUCCCUAAAGAACUACAACCCCCACAGAGAGUAUCACAGAGGUGACCACCAUCACUAUGGGCGUCACAACCCCCUGAUCUCAACCCUCCUCCACUUCAGGACUACAACGUCUCCCUAAAGAACUACAACCCCCAGGGUUCCGAGCGGAGCAGCCAUGAGCGAGGAGACCCAGGUGAAGUGUGUGCUGGUGGGGGACAGUGCUGUCGGGAAGACGGCCCUCCUGGUUCGCUUCACCUCAGAAACCUUCCCUGAGUGCUACAAACCAACUGUGUACGAGAACACUGGAGUGGAGGUCUUCAUGGACGGGACUCCGAUCAACCUGGGUUUGUGGGACACGGCAGGAAAUGACACGUUUAGACAGAUCCGUCCGAUGUCCUAUCAGCAGGCGGAUGUGGUCCUGAUCUGCUACUCCGUGGCCAACGCCGCCUCCCUCGCCAGCGUCAAGCACAAGUGGCUGGUAGAGGUGCGUGACAACCUUCCCCGUGUCCCGGUGCUGGUGGUGGCCACCCAGACGGACCAGCGUGACUCCGGGCCUCACAGCGCCUCCUGCUCCUCCGCCGCCGAGGGCAAACGCCUCGCUCAGGACAUACGGGCCAAGGGAUACCUGGAGUGCUCGUCGCUAAGCAACCGCGGCGUGCAGCAAGUGUUCGAGUGUGCGGUGAGGACGGCGGUGAACCAGGCCAGGAAACGGACGCGCCCGCGGAUGUUUGAUAUCAACAGCUGCGUGGUGUUUUGACCUCUGAACCUCUGAACCUUUUGG